GGGACUCAUAUGCAAGAAAUUGAUUGAGGUAUAUACGUACGAAAUGCUAGCGAGGGAGCGCUAUCCUUCUUAACAUGCCUCCACCAUCCGACCAUGCCUCCUUCCGGCUUAGUCUUCUUGAAAAGCCUUUCUACGUGAAGCAGUUGCAGCCUCAUGAGGACAUUCCUGACUCAUUUUUGGAGGAAUUGAGAAACCAAACUGGGCAUUUCGUAUCAAUAACCAGGACAGAUGAGGAGGUUUCCAUUGUAGGAGAAGCUCAACAAGACGACACAGAGGCAACUUGGCGAUGCAUCAAGAUAGCAGGUCCAAUGGACUUCGGGGUGACCGGUGUCAUGGCAAAUUUCACGGCACCUCUGAAGACGGCCAGUGUGCCAGUCUUCGCUGUCUCGACAUGGAAUACCGACUAUAUUCUUUUACCCAGGGAGAAAGUUAAAGAGGCACGUGACUUCAUUGUAACAUACCUAAACACUGCAGCGGUGAAUGGACUGGUCACCGCUCAGAACACCCUGUGUCGAACAAGCACCUUUCUCCAGGAUAUCUUUGAGGGCUCAGUCACGAAGGGAUGGUUCUUAUCAUUCCUACGCGAAAACAUGGUACCGACGUAGCUCGAGGUGAAUUUGUCGAAGGUGGAAUCUCGGCCUUCGGAGCUACAUAGAUUACAGAGUGACAGAUGCAUUAAGCUAGAACUUCGUAGUGCCCCCGUCGCUCUACAGGUUAUACAACGAGAGUACAUAGAGCGAUAUUCUUGAGGCUGCAAGCUGCACACCGUCUCAGGGAUCGAAUUUGAAGGAGUCACGGUUGAGCGAGUCGCGCGCCGCCACUGCCAACUGGGAUGCGUUCGUUAUACGGUGUCACUGUGUAUAAUAUAGGUCACGCUAUUUG